GAAAAGGAAGUUGGAAAAAAACCGACUGCACAGUAAAAUCUAGAAAUCGGCAGUCACUACUCUUCAAAUUCUCCCUCCCUCGAUUUCCUGAAUCUCUCAACUUCCUUUUUCCAUUUCGGAUCCGGAUCCAUUCCAAAAAUCCCAUGGACAAAUCUCAUCGAUCUUCUGUUCAUCGCGUGUUAGGCGGUGGUGCAGUUGCUGAUGUGAUACUAUGGAGAAAAUGGACUCGCAGCACCGCUUUUCUCGUGGUUUCAACUGCGCUCUGGUUCCUUUUCGAGAGGGCCGGAUACAAUUUACUGUCAUUUAUGUCGAAUGUUUUAUUGUUGCUCAUCGUGAUACUAUUCUGCUGGGCUAAAUCUGCGUCGAUUCUCAAUAGACCACUGCCUCCACUGCCAAGUCUUGAAAUUUCGGAAGAGACUACUGUCAAGGCUGCUGAUGAGAUGCGAGUCUGGGUAAAUUACGUGUUGUCAAUUGCACAUGACAUUGCGAUUGGGGGAAACCGGAGAGUUUUUUUGAAGGUUGCUGCACUAUUGUGGGUGAUUUCCUACAUUGGCAGUUUCUUCAACUUUCUGACACUGAUAUACAUUUGCGUUCUUCUUAGUUUAACACUUCCGGUGCUGUAUGACAAGUACCAAAAUCCAAUUGAUGAUAAGAUGAGUGUUGCCUAUGACAUUGCUCGGGUACAGUAUGAGAAGAUUGAUAGUCUAAUACUUCAAAAGAUCCCUUUUCAUUCGAAGAAGGAGAAGAAGACCGAGUAAACUCAUUGUGCCUUUUACUUGGUUGCGUAAUGCUUAGCAUUCUAACUGUGACGGUUGAAUCAAGUUUUGAGAACAUCAGUGAAUGAAGGGUGUCAGCCAGUAUAGUCUUUAACCGCGUGCUCUUUUAUUUCUUGUUUUCGUUUCAGUUAUUUGUUUCAUAGUGAUGUCAACCGUUAAUGCAGACUCCAUAGUUCUCUCCUCACUUGUCUAUAGCUGAAGUUUUGAACAAGUUAUCAUUGGUAGUAUGUUGAUGUGGUGGUGAAGCAUUCGUUUGUAAGUAACAUUACAAUAUGCCAUUUAUGCAACUCUUGUGUAUACUAUUUCCGUUUGUGCUAA